UCCGGCAGCCUGGACUGUGUCUCCAUCACCACGGGGUUGGCAAGGGGCCUGCUGGACACCAGGGCCCGCCCUCCCAUCACUGGAAGGCUCCUCUCUGGCUCGCGGCUGCCUUCUGAGCCGCUGCAGACGGCGCCGGCCCCGGAGGGGGGGCCUGGGCUGGCCCUGUCGGGACUGGGACGGUGCAGCCUGGCUCCUGGCCCUCCUUCAGCUCUGUCUGUGGCAGGAGAGCAAGCUUUGCCGCGGCAGUCUCCUGAAGAUGAUGCCCCAGCUUCAGUUCAGAGAUGCCUUUUGGUGCAGGGACUUCACGGCCCACACAGGCUAUGAGGUGCUGCUGCAGCGGCUGCUUGACGGCAGGAAGAUGUGCAAGGACGUGGAGGAGCUGCUGAGGCAGAGGGCGCAAGCAGAGGAGCGGUACGGGAAGGAGCUUGUGCAGAUCGCCCGGAAGGCAGGUGGCCAGACAGAGAUCAACUCCCUGAGAGCCUCCUUUGACUCCCUAAAGCAGCAAAUGGAGAAUGUGGGCAGCUCCCACAUCCAGCUGGCCCUGGCCCUGCGUGAGGAGCUGAGAAGCCUUGAGGAGUUCCGGGAGAGGCAGAAGGAGCAGAGGAAGAAGUACGAGACCGUCAUGGACCGUGUCCAGAAGAGCAAGCUGUCUCUCUACAAGAAGACUAUGGAUUCCAAGAAGACAUACGAGCAGAAGUGCCGGGAUGCCGACGACGCCGAGCAGGCCUUUGAGCGCAUUAGCACCAAUGGCCACCAGAAGCAGGUGGAGAAGAGCCAGAACAAAGCCAAGCAGUGCAAGGACUCAGCCACGGAGGCAGAGCGAGCAUACAAGCAGAACAUCGAGCAGCUGGAGAAGGUGCGGGGUGAGUGGGAGCAGGAGCACCGGACCACGUGUGAGGCUUUCCAGUUGCAAGAGUUUGACCGACUGACCAUCCUGCGCAACGCCCUGUGGGUGCACUGCAACCAGCUCUCCUUGCAGUGUGUCAAGGACGAUGAGCUCUACGAGGAGGUGCGGGUGACGCUAGAAGGCUGCAGCGUGGAAGCCGACAUCGAUGGCUUCAUCCAGGCCAGGAGCACAGGCACUGAGCCCCCAGCUCCGGUGCCCUAUCAGAACUAUUACGAUCGGGAGGUCACCCCGUCAUCCGGCAGCCCUGGCGUCCAACCGUCCUGUGGCAUGAUAAAGAGGUUCUCCGGGCUGCUGCACGGAAGUCCCAAGACUACAUCGAUGGCAGCUUCUGCAGCCUCCACAGAGACCCUGACCCCAACCCCUGAACGGAGUGAGGUGGUCUAUUCCGCCAUCGCAGUGCAGGAGGCGCCAGGUCCCCCAAGCGCGCCAGCCCAAGGCUACAGGGUGCUCUACGACUACACGGCCCAGAAUUCUGACGAAUUGAACAUCUCUGCGGGAGACAUCCUGGAAGUCAUCUUGGAAGGGGAGGAUGGUUGGUGGACAGUGGAACGGAAUGGGCAGCGUGGCUUCGUCCCUGGUUCCUACCUGGAGAAGCUCUGAGGAAGGGGCAGCAGCGCCCAUCUGGACCUGCCCUGCCCUGGGACCAGCAGUGUCCCUACCGCUGCCCUGGCCUUUCUGGGGCCCUAAGACCAAGUCUGCCCCCCCAGGACGGAUGCUGGAGGCUCCCUGAACAACCUCCCACAGGGAAUAAAGGAGUGCAUUUUUUUCUCAUUGA